CUAGUAUUCCGAUCGGUUUUAGCCAAUUAUUCUUCUACCUCUCACCUCUCACAAUUUCGAAUUGGAUUCAAACCAAAAUAAGCCUAAAACUUUCCAUUGUAUUAUGCACAUCCAGUCGUCAAAACUUUCUCUUCCUUCGGGUGACGAUGUACUAGACACUGAAUCCACAAUUCGUCGUAAGAAUAGUUUAGACAACAGCGGCCUAUUUCUGCGAUGGAGUCGAUUGAAAAAGACAGUCACGGUUCCGGCAGCUUAUGAUCCUCGUGUCUCGUUUGGCAAACCGUCAGUUGCUCCUGGUCAAGUCAAAGGUGCAAAUGCUAAGAAGGUAAUAUUGUCAGAAGUCUCAGGUUUUGCGGCACCGGGUGAAAUCUUGGCAAUGAUGGGGUAAGUACUAGUUAUAUUUUUUCAGUAUUUUUAAAAGUAUGAACCUUUUGAUUGUCUCACUUAGAUGCACAUUUUCUUUGUUUUKGCACCAGUCCGUCUGGAUCUGGGAAGACAAGCCUCCUUAAUUGUCUAAGUGGACGCAUGUCUCCUGAAAGCGGAGGACUCUCAAUCAAUGGAAAUCCUUUGAGUCAGCAAGAUAUGAAACAACUCAAGGCCAAUAUUGCCUAUGUCAAGCAAAGCGAUAUUUUUUUUGAGUAUUUGACGGUUCGUGAUCAGCUUGGUUACACUGCCUCCCUGCGRCUACCUCAAWCUUGGUCCGYGGAGAAAAAGUCUGCAGAGGUAGAUCGCACAAUCGAACUCCUAAGAUUGUCCAAAGUAGCAGACUCGCAGAUUAGAAUGUUGAGCGGYGGUGAAAAGAAGCGUGUGAACAUUGGCACCGAAUUGCUGACAGAUCCAGAUAUUGUGUUACUGGAUGAGCCCACGAGUGGAUUAGACUCGACCACAUCCGUGGAACUUGUAAAGAUGUUGCAACAGCUAGCGAGAGAAGAAAAAAAGACCGUGAUAAUGUCAAUUCAUCAACCAAGUUCGGCACUCUUUCACUCCUUUAGUAAAAUUCUAUUUUUAGCUGAAGGCCAUGCAGUAUAUUUUGGAAAACCAAAGGAUUCUUUGAUCUAUUUGAAAGAUCACGACAUGGCGUGUCCUGAUGGAUACAAUGCUGCAGACCAUUGGAUGGAUUUGCUUGUACAGGAUAAAUCUACAACGCAGAGAGGUUGUGAUGAGACUAUGAGUACACGUCACCUAUUGAUUGAUACGUGGGACAAUGAAACUAUAGCGAGAGA